ACUUCCCAGAAAUUUACCCUCUCAAAAAAAUUCUUCUAGGUAGUAAUUUCCAGCUUACCAUUGGAAGAAGGUCUAUUAUUACUGCUAUAGUAGCAAGUUCGUUUCGUCUUCUCAAAAGUUUCUUCUCAUCAUAGUUUAAAGAUGAGCGAACAUAACACUGGCGUGAAACACGAUCACUGUGGCUGCCCCGUCUCUUCAUGUGGAGGUAGGGAUAAGCCGUAUUUCAUCACAUCGGCUAUUCCAUACGUGAAUGGCUGUCCGCAUAUUGGUCAUGCCUACGAAUCCAUAUGUUGCGAUGUAGUUGCACGUUAUAAACGGGUUUUUGGACGCAAGGUCCUGAUGACCACAGGAACCGACGAACAUGGAGAAAAGGUCGCUAGUACUGCCACCGCCCAGGGAGUCACAGUGGAGGAACUAUGUGAACGCAACUCCAACGAAUUUAAGAAGAUGUACGGAAGACUACUCAUCUCUUAUGAUGAUUUCAUAAGGACUACGGAAGAGAGGCAUAUUACAUCUGCUCAGAAGGGUUGGAAGAAAGUGGCAGAAAGGGGUGACAUUUAUCUUGGAACACUCAAAGGUUGGUACAGUGUACGUGAGGAGAGAUUCAUCCCAGAGGAAGAAGCUAAACUGACAGACUACUGUGACCCAUGUUCUAAGGUUAAGUAUAAUCCAGUUGAGGAACCGAGUUAUUUCUUUAAGCUGGAUAACCAUAGAGAGAAACUAAUUGAGCAUAUUGAGACGCAUCCAAAGUUCAUCAUGCCUGUAGAUGUUAGAGAUGAUAUACUGAAGAAGUUGAAGAGUGGUAAAAUAGACGAUCUUUCAAUCAGCAGGACAAGUUUCUCUUGGGGAAUUCCAGUUCCUGGCGAUGAUAAACAUGUCAUAUAUGUUUGGUUUGAUGCUUUGUCCAACUUCGCAACGGUAGCUGGACUGAAAGACUAUGAGAGCUUUAAGGACUUCAAUGAGAAGUCUGUAUGGCCUAUAGACAUCCAGUUUAUUGGAAAGGAUAUUUCUUGGUUCCACUCAGUUAUUCUUCCGUGUAUGUUACUGGCUAUGGAUCUCGACCUGCCAACAACAAUAUUUUCUCAUGGAAUUAUUCUGGGUCCGGACGGUCAAAAGAUGAGCAAGUCCCUUGGAAAUGUUAUUAACGCCGCUGAUUUGCUGGAUAACUAUGGUGUAGAACCCCUGAGAUAUUACAUCAUCAGAAACUCCGUUCUUGGCGAAGACAUGCGUUUUGACAUUGGUGAAAUGUGUCAAAUGUACAAUGAAGAAGUUGUAGAGAAUGUAGGUGGCCUGUUGGAUGAUGUACUGAGCCUAGCUGACAAACACCAUGAUGGCAAAGUCCCUGCCCUGGUGGAAGAUCUACCCAAGCCGUUCGAACCAAUCGCAGUUUCAAGAGCUGUAGUCGGGUUUGUUGCAGAUUUUGACUUCAGAAGUGCUAUACUCACAACCAUUGAUGCUUUCAAAAAAUGCAGAGAACACUUUGAAGGACACCUGUCAGGAUCUGUUGUAGAGGCAGGUCAUGUCCGACUUUUGUUAGAGUCAGUUUAUUUCUUAUCUCACUUUUUGGCACCCCUUGUUCCUUUGUCUUGUGAAAAGGUAUUUUCACAAUUGGAUGCAGAGCAGAAGACUGUUAAAACACUGUCUCACAGUUUUAAUAAUUUAGUAGAGGGGACAAAAUUAGACCUAUCGCUAAAGGCAUUCUCCAAAGUAUUGCAUGAGUAG